AGAGAGAGAGGGAGUGAGAGAGAGAGAGAGAGAGAGAGAGAGAGAGAGACAUACAUUCUCCACCGGAGCAGGAAGCUGCUCCUGGGACUGCCGAGGAGACCGAGAGGAGGUACGAAAACAACGUCGACAUCUGCGGGGUUUCCACCAUAAUGUAACCCCGCCGGAGCAUCAGCAGCCGCGCGCCACAUCGACCCCACAGCGACGCGACGCGACGCGAUGCCGAGGGCGCGGUGGUGAAAAGCCAAAAACCGAGCCGCGUUGUGUCCGUCUUGUUGUCGGACGGUGACCAUGAAGGAGCUGAAGGGCUGCGGUAUGCGCUGCUCUGUGGGCUUUCUGUCCCGCAGAGAGCUGACCGGGCAGCCGCUCAUGAAGGAGGAAUUCCAGAGGCGCAGGAUGGCCGGCUGCACCAGCCUCUACAAGAAGGACAUGCUCGGCCACUUCGGAUGUGUCAACGCCAUUGAGUUCUCCAACAACGGCGGAGAAUGGCUCGUGUCCGGAGGAGACGACCGCCGGGUGCUGCUGUGGAACAUGGAACAAGCCAUCCACGCUCGAUCCAAGCCUUUGAAACUGAAGGGCGAGCACCUGUCCAACAUCUUCUGUCUGGCCUUUGACAGCACCAACAGAAAGGUCUUCUCCGGGGGAAACGACGAGCAGGUGAUUCUUCACGACGUGGAGAGAAGGGAGACUCUGAACGUGUUCCUGCACAUCGACGCCGUGUACAGUCUGUCCGUCAGUCCGGUCAACGACAACGUGUUCGCCAGCUCAUCCGACGACGGGCGCGUUCUCAUCUGGGACACCCGCGAGCCGCCGAGUACAGAGCCGUUCUGCCUGGCCAGCUACCCCUCGGCCUUCCACAGUGUGAUGUUUAACCCGGUGGAGCCCAGGCUCAUCGCCACAGCCAACUCCAAGGAGGGGGUUGGAUUAUGGGACAUUCGUAAGCCGCGCAGCUCGUUGCUUCGUUACGGAGGCAGCAUGUCCCUGCAGAGCGCCAUGAGCGUUCGCUUCAACAGCACGGGCACCCAGCUGCUGGCGCUGCGUCGCCGCCUGCCGCCCGUCCUCUACGAGCUGCACUCGCGCCUGCCCAGCUUCCAGUUCGACAACCAGGGCUACUUCAACUCCUGCACCAUGAAGAGCUGCUGCUUCGCCGGGGACAAGGAUCAGUAUAUCCUGUCUGGGUCGGAUGACUUCAACCUUUACAUGUGGAAAAUCCCAAAGGACCCCGAAGCAGGAGGCCCGGGUCGAGUGGUAAACGGGGCGUUCAUGGUCCUAAAGGGUCACCGCUCCAUUGUGAACCAGGUUCGCUUUAACCCUCACACCUACAUGAUCUGCUCCUCUGGCGUGGAGAAAGUCAUCAAGAUGUGGAGUCCCUACCAGCAGCCUGAGAGUCUCGGUGACUUGGAGGGCGAGGUGGAGGACAAGUCCCGCAGCCUCUACACCCACGAGGAGUACAUCAGCCUGGUGCUCAACAGCGGCAGUGGUCUGUCCCACGACUACGUCAGCCAGUCCAUCCAGGAGGACCCGCGCAUGAUGGCCUUCUUUGACUCGCUGGUGCGUCGGGAGAUCGAGGGCUGGAGCUCCGACUCGGACAGCGACCUGAGCGAGGAGGCCAUCAUGCAGCUCCACGCCCGGGGACGCCGCACCACCAGGGCCGCGCCGACACCUCCCGCCCCCGCCGCUCCCGCUCCGCCCAGCGAAUCAGACAACGACUCGUCGUCGGAGUCGCUGGCUGGACCCGACGCCCCGGAAAGAGAUGGGCAAGCGGGGGAGGAGGAAGAGGAGGAGGAGGAGGACGAGGAGGAGGAGGAGCAGCAGCAGCCGAGGAGACGAAGCCGGCUUCAGCGGCACCAGUCCGGCUUCCUCGUGAACGAGGACUCUGACUCCAGUGAGUUUUGGCUCAACUCCAUGCCGCGCCCCCCGAGCCCCAGGGACAACUACAUCCUGUCCAGCCCCGCCUCCUCUCCUUCACUUCCUGCCGGAGCCUCCAGCUCCUCCACCACCAGCUCCAGCAGCAGCGGCGGAGAGGAGCGGCGCAGUGCGGUGAGGCGACGCAACGUGGUGAGGCGGCGCCGCAUGCACGUCGUCUCCAGAGCCGCGGAUCGGCCGGAGUCCGUACAGACCCUGUUUUCAGCCAUGGACUCCUGCAGCUACCCGUCGAUAUCGGUCGACGACCUGUCGUCCUCCUCGUCAGUCGAGGUGCAAAACGCCCUCAAGCCCGGCGACCUCGGAGACGAGGACAAAUGCCUCAGCCCUUCUGACUUUGUGUGUCUGAGCCCGGUUGCGUUCCACGAGAGCCGAGAAGAUGAGGAGGAGGAGGGCGGCAGGACUGAGCUGGUAAGGCGUCCGGCCGCCUCCCUUCGGUCUCCGGGGGGAGGCGGGGCCGAAGUGGUUGCUGCCAGCUGGGAUAGCGGCGAGGCCUGCAGCAGCUCGGUGGCUUUGGACAGUAACUCUCCUAAUGGACACAGCCCCGGAGUCAAUGGGCACCGCCGGAGCACAGCACCCUGCGCGAGAGAGAACCUGCACAUCUCCUCGGAAUCAGAGGAAGAGACUGGCGUUGCACCCGAAGGCACCAGGCGGCAGAGAGACAAAGGCCUGGCGACAAGCUCCCUGAAACGGACUCAUAUGGGAUCAGAGGAGGGCGAGUCAGGCUCCUCCCCCUCAGAAAAGAAGUUAAAAACAUGAUGAAACUGCUCUCUCAUCCCGGAAAGACAUCAUUUGUUGACAUCAGUUAGGAUGUGAGUAUUAUUAUGGGUUUUUACAACUCAGCCUUUUCAUUUUGUGUUUUGUAGUCAUGUGACCCGUCAUAUGAACCCAUGCUGAUUAUGAGCAUAAGACCGGAGGAACUGAAAGUGUGGUCAGUUUUUGUUUCUGAACAAAUGAAUCGGACAAUGUCAUUGCUCUUUCGGUCAAACAGAAGAUGACAAUAAAAGACGGAAAACGCAAGUUAAAUAUUCUUGAGUACAAUGGUAGUUUAAUUGAAACCUUUAUUUUCAUGCAGCAUUCAUGUUUCUUUCUCAUGCUCUGGUUGCAAAAAGCUCUGCUUAGGAUUUUAAAGUCCUCUAACAACAAAAAAAGGUCUUCUGGAGGACAAAAGCUUUGCAGCAUUUAAAUUUUGACAGUUUAACACGGAGCCUAAACUUGAUUGGCUUUUUUUUUUAAGUGGUUUUAGACCUUGCUUCAGGCUGUCUGAAGAGUUGACUGUGUGAAAUCGUAAGUACCAUUUGUUUAAGCUGUGCAUUGAAAUGAUGCUUUCAGUGUCCCCACCUAUUGUUUUUGUUUGAUUAUCCAGCUCCUGGGUACCAUUACAAGCCAGCGCUCAAUAUGUUUUCUUGCAAUAAAGAAUGAUUUGUUCUCCGG